AUGAACCAUGGCAAAGCUUUAGAUAAAACUCGUGACAACGAGUUCGAAACAAAAUUACGUAGCAAAAUUGCAAAAUAUAAAACACAGGUAGAUUGUGAUGAAUCAGUGGAGGAACUGGUUUCUCAUAGAAAACCUAAUCUGUCCUAUAUAGCUAUGAUAUCGAUGGCAAUACAAAGUGUACCUUCAAAACAAAUGCUGUUGUCGGAAAUAUAUGAAUGGAUUUCAGAGAAUUAUCCAUACUACAAAAUGGAGGACAAAAGUUGGAGAAAUAGUAUCCGUCACAAUCUUUCCUUGAACGAGUGCUUUAUCAAGUCAGGUCGAAGUGAGAGUGGAAAGGGCAGUUAUUGGUCCAUCCAUCCGGCAAACAUGGAGGACUUUGGAAAUGGGGACUUCCGGCGACGUCAGGCAAGGCAGCGCGUCCGGAAAUGUGAUAACGAGUUGAAAACGUUGUGUGAACCGUGUUAUUUAUCAAGUGAUCCCACGCUUAUACCACAACCUUCACCUACACAGAUGUACUCCGGUUACGUGCCCAUGAGUAGCACUUCCGUGAGCACUGGAUUUCUGACAUCUAUGUUUGGAACAGAACCUAUUCUUAAUAAGGGAGGACAUGUCAAAAAUGUACAUUACACCAAUAGAUUUCUUUGGCCAGAUAAAGACAUCCUUCCCAAUCUUCAAACAUUUACCGGAAACAGAGCGAUCACCUCCGGCAAUGCUGUAACGGAUACCACUUCCGUAAGUGUUAAAGUGAAAGUAAAUGUGGACGGAUUUCAACCAAAAUUUUGA